ACAUUGUCUAAAACGUCACUCUCACAAGUUCAGAGGUCACUUAAAAAAAACAUGGCGGCUCCCUGUAAAGCCACCGUAGUGCUAAAGGCUGUGAAGAAAAUAGCAGUCCAGUUUUGUCCGUUUGAGUCUAAUACCCGGUCCACAAGGGAGUUUCUGGCCUUGGUCGGAUCAGAAAAGGCCCGAGCAACCAACAUAAACUGUCAGGUCGUGUCUACGGUGAAACACGACAAGUCAGAACCUGUAGUUGAUGUAACUUAUGUGGACGGAGAGCAGCUGGUGAUGAAGGGAGCGAACCUGACCUGCAGUGAGAUGAUGAGUGCGUUUCAGUCGCGCUGCACCAACAAAGACCCACAAACAAAAGCUGCUGCAAAGAAAUGAUGCAGAAUCCUGUUUGAGUCAUUUUCUAUUUGUGUGAUGUUUCUCUUUUUGUUAAUUAAAGAUAAUUUGAUCCAGA